UCGCACACCCAUCAUCUCUCCUCGCCAAAAACACAGAACGGACAGAUGAAAAUACAAGGCAAAAUAUUCAGUCUCGUCACUGAAGUGUACGCUUCUGCCAAAGCCUCUGAACAACAUGGAGAUAUAUAGCAUUCCUGCAAUAUGGCAUAAUCCUUCCAUCAGUGAGCGUUUCUUUGCGAAAAAUGAAUUAAUCGCCGUUGUCGGCUGAAAGAAAUAACGCUAUCCGGCAAGUAACUCCUUCUUUUUAUAUGGAUUUUAGGAGAAAAAUACAUGCACUGCACACAGAUGACACGUUUACAGCUGAAACUGACAGUUCUUCAGAAAAACACAGUCAGCUGAAGUGAAUACAACAAAGAUGAAUCCCUUUUAGAGGAGCUCUCCGGCUUGAGGAGGAUCAAGGUGAUAUUUGUAAAUUGAAGUCCAGGAGGGUUCAGCGGUGCGGGGAGGUGACGUUGACCGGAUGCGUGUAGCGGAGCGUGCCGUGUGGCUUUGACCAUGAGCCGGCUGAUGUUGGGCCGGACCCUGGAGCGGAUCUGCAAGGCUGUGCUGUUGCUCUGCCUGGUGCACUUCCUCAUUAUGAUGAUCCUCUACUUCGAUGUCUACAGCCAGCGUUUUGACAUCUUCAGCCGCUUCAACAAUGGCCGUGGAGCGAACAGCUCACGAGGACCUCACCACUACUACUAUAAUUUCUCCAGCGGAAGGCCCAACACUACCUUUGCGAGCUACUUGGCCACAGCUGACCAUCUUCUGCCUAGCACCAAGCCAGAGGCAAACCACACACCACCAACCCCAAAACCAUUACCACCAUGUCCAGAGGUCCCUCUUGGUCUUGUGGGGCGUCUCCUCAUCGAGUUCAGCUCACAGAUAACCCUGGAGCGGGUGCAGAGGGAAAACCCAAAUGUCACAGAAGGUGGGAAAUAUACUCCUCCGGACUGCCGGCCAAAACAAAAGGUGGCCAUCAUCAUCCCUUUCAGACACAGAGACAACCAUCUGAAAUACUGGCUUCACUAUUUGCACCCAGUCCUGCGCAGACAGAAGAUCGACUAUGGGAUCUAUAUUAUCAACCAGCUGGGUGAGGAUACCUUUAAUCGGGCCAAGCUGCUGAAUGUUGGCUACACAGAGGCUAUUAAAGACGCAGAAUACAACUGCUUCAUUUUCAGUGACGUGGACCUGAUCCCUAUGGAUGACAGAAACCUCUACCACUGUUAUGACCAGCCCCGUCACUUUGCCAUUGCCAUGGACAAAUUUGGCUUCAGAUUGCCCUAUGCAGGUUAUUUUGGAGGGGUGUCCGGCCUUAGCAAAAAACAAUUCCUCAAAAUCAAUGGCUUCCCUAAUGAGUACUGGGGAUGGGGAGGUGAAGAUGAUGACAUUUACAACAGAAUCACACUCAAUGGGAUGAAAGUGUCUCGGCCCGACGUGAGAAUCGGCCGCUACAGGAUGAUCAAGCAUGAGAGAGACAAGCACAAUGAGCCAAACCCCCAGAGGUUCAGUAAGAUCCAGAACACCAAGAACACCAUGAGGAAAGAUGGCAUCAGCUCGCUCAUGUACAGAGUGGUCUCCAUGAAGAAGUACCCGCUCUACACCAACAUUUCAGUAGAGAUCGGCAAGCCUCCUCCAAGACCUCUCAAGGGAUAGAGAAUCUAAACCCGGGACAUCAUCAUGACCUUCCUAAAGCUCAGCACAUGAACACACACGUACUGUACACACACAAACUCUGCCCAGGGUCACUCUGAUGCAGCAGUGAUAUGCUGAACAGGUUAGUCUCAGGAAUACAUGGAAGCUUAAUGUGGAUCCAUCGAUGUAGAUUUAUAUCCUGAUCCAGAUGGAGAUGUGCACAUGGAGUCUAGUCAGAUCAGGAGCAUCAUUAUCACACUCCCUAUGGCUGAUUCA